GGUUCUCAGAUGUCGUGGCAGCGGAAAUGGAACUUCAUCUGUCAAAUUCUUCUGUUUACAAAUAACAUUCGUGCAACUUUGAACUUUUAGUAUUUUCAAUUUCCACGGACAAAUAGUUUGAUAUAUAAAGAAAUCUGUGGCUGCCUUGACAUACAAUAUUUGUCUUCUGAAUCCACGUCCUACCCAAACAUACUUCGAGCAAUCAAAUGUCCAAAAAGCGAAAUUAUUAUAUCUUGAAUUCCGUCCUGCGUCUAUUGACCAUGUCACUAUGAAGGGGAUUUUGCUGAAGUGGACCAAUUAUUGGAAUGGUUGGCAACCCAGGUGGUUUAUUUUAGAGGAUGGUAUCUUGUCAUAUUAUUCCUCGGAAGAGGAAGUUAAUCAAGGUUGCAAAGGAAGUGUGUGUGUCAGCGCUUGUGACAUCAAUGUGCAUCAAACAGAUAUUCACAGAUUAGACAUAGUUAUUCCUGGAGAGCAGCAUAUUUAUGUUCGAGUGGGGUCUCCUGGUGAAAGGGCAGGGUGGCUGGUGGCGCUGGGAUCUGCAAAGGCUCAGGGUCUUGUUUCAAACAUAAGAACAAGGAAGACUUCAGAAUCAUGCUCCUCGGCUUGUUCGGAUUUAGCGAAAGGAAAAAAGUCAGAACUUAGAUUAUACUGCGAUUUACUGAUGCAGCAAAUUCAUUCGAUAAAAGAAGCGGCGAAUGGCGAGAAUGGUCCUGACGUGAAUAAACUGGACGAAUCUACAAACCUCCUCUCUGCCACAUGUGAUACCUUCAUUAAGACAUUGGAUGAGUGUUUGACGCUGGCCGAUGCAAACCCUACAUACGUUGCUGGGAAUCCCGUUUCUCAUUUAACUUCUGCUAAUGGGAAUUUGUCAAAGGGCAAAUCUAAAUCUAUUGUGCAUUCCAAUUCCAAUUAAAAUGGCGCUUUGCCAAGUGACUUUAUACAAUUAAAUUAAACUUCACACCAUUACAUUAUCCAAUACCAAAGCGUUUUUGCCAAUGAAAGUCGAUGACAGAAUGCAGAUUUAUUUAAGUAUAUGGUGUAACGUUGUUUUGUUUAUUUUAGUAUUUUUUUUAAUAUCAGAUUUCCUGGAACGAGUCUCAUUCUCAUGUUAGAGAGCAUACAGAAAACAUUUUUAACUUAUUAAUAUUAUGCCAAUAACUUUCCUCCAAAGAUUUACAUUUGGUCGAAAGCAAUAACAAAAAAUGCAACACAUACUCAAUGUCAGUAUUUUUAAGAGUGCUUACUUAUUAGUGAGUGUUACCAAAUACCUAGUUCAUUAUCAUUGUAGGUUGUAGACUCCUAUGCACAAUGUCCGGACAUAUAUGCAAACUUUUACAAAUGUAAAUCACACAAAUGUACUUAAAUACUUUAUGGUGCUUAUUUGUAGGUAACGAAAUUUGAUUGACAAUGCAUCUAUGUAUACAUACAUUCCAGUUUUAUUUUUGUAGAAUAUAUCUUUUAGACUUUGAUUUGUAAUAACUAAAAUUCGCACAGUUAAAUAAACCAGAUGUAUGUGCAAUAUAGAUACUAAAUGUACUCUACAUACUAAAGUAUGCACGGUAAUUUGUAGCUGAAACAAUAUUAAAUCAAGUUGAUUAUAUGUACUUCUAAAUA